AUGGACGCCUACGAGGCCACCAAGGUGGUGUUCGCACGGGUCCAGGGGCUCGUCGACGCGGACCUCGCCUCCAAGAUCAUGGGCAUGCUGCUCACCCAGGACAAGAGCGAGGAGGAUAUGAUCCGCCUCGCCUUCGGCCCCGAGCACCUCCUCCAGUCCGUCGUCGCCGACCUCGCGGCCUGCAGCAAACCCCCCUCCCCACCCGCGCCAGCAUGGAGGAUGGCGCCGGGUGCGGCUGGAGGAGAUGUCGAAGGCGGCCUCCCGUUCGCCGCCGCAUCCGAAGCGUUCUACCCCGAGGAGGAGUACGGGUGCUGGUCUCCGGCGAGCGGCACUAACCACCGCCGGAGCUUCUCGCUGAGCGACGCCGAGGGCGGGUGGAAGCCGUGCCAGUACUUCGCCCGGGGGUUCUGCAAGAACGGCUCCGGCUGCCGCUUCCUGCACGGGCUGCCCGAGGACGUCGCCGAGCAGGAGAUGGCGGUCAUGCGCGCCAAGGCCCUCGCCGCCGCGCGGUCGCAGAUGAUGGCGCCCGCCUUCCCCUUCUCGCCGUCGCCGCCCAAAGGCCUCAGCUUCCUCCUACAACAGCAGCAGCAGCAGAGCGAGUCCCAAAGGUGGGCGGCGGACAUCCUGUUCGCCGGAGGCGAUGACAUGCACAGGUUCUCCCACCGGUCGCCUCGCAUGGACCGCGGCGACCUCGCCAUCAACCACGGCGCGCGCCAGAUCUACCUCACUUUCCCCGCCGACUCCACCUUCACCGAAGAGGACGUGUCCAGCUACUUCAGCAUGUACGGGCCGGUACAGGACGUGCGCAUCCCGCACCAGCCGAAGCGCAUGUUCGGCUUCGUCUCCUUCGUCUACCCGGAGACGGUGCGGCUCGUCCUCGCCAAGGGCAACCCACACUUCGUCUGCGACGCGCGCGUCCUCGUCAAGCCUUACAAGGAGAAGGGCAAGGUCCCCGACAGGUUCAGACAUGGCGGCGGCGGCGGCCACUGCCUCUCUCCUCACCACCGCGAGUUCGCCUCCGUGAGCAGCGCGAUGCCGCCUGCCGGUCUGCUCGACUCCAGGGACCCCUUCGACCUCCAGCAGCCGCAAAUCGGGCAGAGAAUGCUGUACGGGAGCAUGGCCGGCCACGAGGCGGCGUUUCUGAGGAGGAGGCUGGAGGAGCAGCAGGAGGCGGCGGAGCUGCAGCAUGCCAUCGAGCUGCAAGGCCGCCGGCUCAUGGGGCUGCAGUUUCUUGACCUCAAGAACAGGGGCCACCACCUCCUCGGCUCCCCCGUGGGCUCACCUUCCGACGGCAAUGGCGGCUGCUUCAGUGGGAACGGCAAUGGCGUCCAUCUUGAUGAGGCCAUUAGCACCAUCCAAGAUAACAGCAAUCUGAGCAGUGGUCUUUUCAUGGGUCCAUAUGCUGCUGCUUCUGUGAUUUCUAAAGAAGGGAAGCAGGAGUAUCAGGAGGAGGGUGGUGAUGGCAAUGGCAGUCCCAGGCAGGCAGUCAACUCUGGGGAAGAGGGGAGGAGGGAAUCUGGUCCUGGGGCAGCAGCUGCAUCCAAUGUUGUUUGUGAAUACCAAGAAAGUGGCAUGGAGCACACCCACCACCUGCCUGGUAGCCCCUUUGCUUCUUCCCCCACCAAGGAGGCCUCCAUUGCUGCUGCUGCUGCUGCUGAGCAGCUGACAGCUCACACUGGUGCCAUGGGCAACAGUAGCAGCCCCCACCUGGUGGCCUCUUCUCUUUUCCCGCCUACAAAACCUCUCUACAGCUCCUGCUUCUCUCAAGUGCCUAGAUUGUCGUCUGGGCAGGGAGCAAUUGGGCUGUGA